AACAGUUUUUUGUUGCGUUUUUUUGUCUGAGGUUGAAAGUACACUAUCUUAGGUUCAGAAUGCACAACGUUCAUUGAUUUGGGACUACAGAUUGCAUAAACUGGACUGAUACUUUUACACGGGUUGUGCUGAAAGCGGAGCCAUAUCCAAGGGAUCCAGUCAGAUAGCUUGGGGAAUGGUAGACCGCAUGAUGGCAAUGAACCCUGGACGAUUUCCUGAAGCUGUGAAUGGUCUCCACCAUCACCACCCAGCGCGCAGAAUGGGCAUUGGACAGUUCUCGAACCCACUACACCACCAGCAGCAGCAGCAGCAGCAACAACAACAGCAGCAUGGCUACCCUACCGGUAUAAUGGGAGAUCAUUUGCAUUACGCAGGAGGCAAUGUAUCCGCUAACCACGGAAUUCGGCAUUCUCUGGGGUCUGGGAAUGUAAAUGUUAACGCUGGACACACAAACGGAAACAUGCCUCCCGGUACGCGCUACAGCUCUCAAUUUGUUGGACCCACCGCUACCGUCCCCACUCAAGGACAGCUCGCGGCAAGCAUGCAGUUACAGAAGCUCAACACGCAGUACUACAGCCACCAUACACACCCCUCCCAUCAUCAUUAUAUGCAUGAGUUGCAUCCUGCGAACCAUCAAGUUAACAGCACAGGACAACAGUUCAGAGACAGCAACGUGAAACACGGCACAUCCAGUUUGCCUCUACAGGCGCACCAUUUGCCUGCAGCAAUACUGCCCCCCAACGUCAUUGACACGGACUUUAUUGAUGAGGAGGUCUUGAUGUCUCUGGUCAUUGAGAUGGGGCUGGACCGAAUAAAGGAACUACCUGAGCUGUGGUUAGGACAAAACGAGUUUGAUUUCAUGACAGACUUUGUAUGUAAGCAACAGCCAAGCCGAGUGAGUUGUUAAAUCUCACAACGUGAACUUUCACAGUGAUCCACUCAAACUUUAAAGCAGUCCUUUAUCUGCAAUAUACCAAUGGAGAACCAUUCAAAAAUGUAGGCUACACAACUGUAUGAUAAAUUCCUUGAAUAUGUCGGGAUAGUAGGCUCACAGCACUGCAGAAGUGAUGGCAAUUAUUUUCAUGUAGGAAUGCGCUACAGUCUCAAUUGAGUCUUAGAUGGACAAAUCUUAAAAUUCAUGCUAUGCAUCAUUACCUAAUUUAACAGAACAUCAAGAAGACAUGUAGAGGAAUAGAGCUGUCUGUUUUUUAUGAAA